UAGCUAGAGCGUAUCUUGAGAAGGGUACGAUUUGCAUGGCUGUCCUCAAAAUAAUACGAAAAAAUUAUAUAAAGGCUACGUUAGCUACUUUAUGACAUUAAUAGAUAAUGCCUGGGUAGAGUGUCAAAACUGUGCAUGAAGUUGAUUAGCUAACGUUAUGUUGGCUAUCGUGAGCAAUCUAUUAAACUUCGGUAUGAUUAGCCAAAGCAGUAAUUUACCGAAUUGAACCAACUGCUGCUAUAUAUUUAAAAAAGAAAGGAAUGGACAUUUUGUUGCAGCUAGUUAAAAGAAAUCAGCUAGCGUUGUGGAUAUGGCUGCAAUUGCUUGAGUUAGCUAAUUUAUGUAACGAUAGUCUAUUCUGUAACGUCGGCUAUUCUUAACGAACAUAAACAGCCCUAGUCUAGGUUAUUAACGUUACUUUGUCGCUGCAGUUUUUAAAAAUUCUUAUUAAAUAACGUUAGUUUUUUGGACUAAUUCACGAAUGUCUUAAAUUAUGAAUCCUUUCCUAUGGUUGGCUAUUUUAGUUUCCAUAAAUUCAUUUGUACCUUCAGGGCGAAUUAGCUAGGUAGUCUCGCAAAAUAAUCGAAUUUAGUUUAUUUUAAUUUAAAACCUGAAAGCAAUUGGCUGAAAUGAACUUGUCAGUGAUAGCAGAAUGUUAGUGCAUCUUAUUUAUUGCUCGCAACAUUGGCAGCCAGCUUGUCAUAUUAACGCCUGAAUGCUUUGCCCCGGGGUAGCUAGUUAGUACGGUCACCGAAGAAACGCAUGUGCAUUAGCUUACUGCGCUGGCUAUUUGUUAAUGAAUGAGUUUGCAGGCCAUGUCCUCCACCAUUGUUGAUAGAUCUAGACGUGCUUGGCUCAAGAUUGUUCAAUAGUGAACUUUGGCCCUCCCCACUGAUGCCGGUUAUGAAACUAGAUGCUAACGUUCUUUAUCUAAUUUAUCAUAAUGAUACAGAAGUUAUGUUAGCGUUCUAAAGUUCUGCUGUUUGUAGUAAACUUCACGUAUACGUGUAUUUGCCUAACUUUGUCAUGUAAAGUUGUUAAAUUGUCUAAAUUAGUCGAGUUUUUCGAGCGGCAUGGCGUGUUAUUCCUGUGAAGGUCAGCGCUUCGUGGACGCCGCCCUGUUACUUUAAAAGUCACAUUUCUUUAUUACGGGGUUCAAAUGUUGGUUGGUUCCAGAAAGCAUAACACAUGUUUGCUUACUUAUGUAUAUGAAAAAUAUACACUCACUGACCUGCUUUUGCCUACAGAACAGCCAGAAUUCUUUGGGGCCUGGAUUCAGUAAGGUGCUGGAAACAUUGCAUGGGUUAGGGAUUUUGGUCCAUGCUAGUAUGCUGCAAACUUCCAGUUCCACCCCAUCCCAAAACUGCUCCUUUGGAUUGAGGUCUGGGGACUGUGCAGGCCAUUGGAAUAAACUGAAGUCACUGUCAUGAUCCAGUUUGAGACGAUAUCUGAAAACAAGGUUACCGUCAGUUUCAUCAAUCGCGAUGGAGAAAAGGUGACAGUGAAAGGUUCCCCCGGUGACAGUCUCCUCGAUGUCGUCAUCGACCAGGACCUGGACAUCGACGGGUUCGGUGCCUGCGAGGGGACUCUGGCCUGCUCUACCUGCCACCUGAUCUUUGAGGAGGAUGUCUACAAGCAGCUAGGACCAAUCACAGAUGAGGAGAUGGACAUGCUGGACCUGGCCUACGGGCUGAGCGACACGUCCCGCCUGGGUUGCCAGGUCUGCCUGACCAAAUCCCUGGAGGGCAUGACCGUGCGCGUCCCGGAAAGCGUGUCGGACAUGAGGCAGUCCGAUUUUGGCACCACUAGUUCCUCCUCCUAGGCCCUGCCCCCACAACACCUCGCCCGGCCCUAGAGCCUAGAUUUGCACUGUAAUUAAUAUGAAUAUGUAUUUAGCUUUCUCUAAAUCAUUUAAUCACUCAGGGAUGCUUGGUUCUGAGGCAUCCCCCCCCUCUUCUCUGGGGCAUCAAGAUGGACAGACUUCUUAUUAUGGGAUGUAGACUGGGCGGAGGGAAAUAAGCCUUCCAUGCCUAAAUCGACUUUGAGUGACAAUGAUCAUCUCUCGUCGGUGCCACUUUUAGACCACUAAUGCAACCCUAUACAAUGUUUUAAUGUGAUUGUACAUAGCACAGAUGUGUAUAGCUGGAAUCAUAUCUACAAUAAACUAACCUGCCUUUAUAAAGGCC